AUGCAUACGGAGACUGUAGUGUACUUUUGGCCAGUGGUUUUGAGUCUGAUAUACGUUGCGGAGGCGGGGAUGAUUGGUGAUCAGUGCGACUGGACUGGCAGUGGUCUGACGUCGUCCGCGGAGCGCGGCGUGACGCCAGUGUACCUGCGGUGCCGCGAGGGUACCGUGUCGUGGCUGUACCCUCGAGGCGCACUACGACUGCUCCUGCGACCGCCCCUGCCUGCCGACGAGCGGGACUUCAACGUGUGCCUGCGGGUCAUCCGACGCCCCGACCCGCCAGAGUUCUUCCACGACCUGCACUUUAACUACACAGAAAAGGCAGAAAGAUUUCCUGCUCGCAUCUUCGUAGAAGGUGCGCGAAAGCUAAUUCCUCUGUACGCACCGGACGACGGCGACCCUCGCGAACUUCGGUGUUUCCGAAGCAAGCGCGGCAGAGCCGCACUGUACGUGGAAGCUGAGCCUGAAGAGGGACCUAAGAGAAGAGUGGCGACUUUUAAAUACGAAGCACGGCCAUUAAUAACGAGGCACUACGACCCCGCCACUGCAGAUUGCCGGCCUUGCUCUGAUUCGGAGCUUGAGUUGGCAUUUUGCACCAGCGAUCUAGUGUCGCGAGUGCUGAUCGUGGGCAGCGACCAGCGCGAGGAUCUCGACAGCACGCAACUUACGCUGCGGCUCACUAAAAUACUGCGCGCCCCUGUGCUGGACGUCGACACUGAUGACCUCGCGCACGAUAACGAUUAUUAUAAAUACUCUGUGGACAACGAGGUGGGUGGGGGGAGCGGCACGCUGGCGCACGUGCAGGUGUGGCGCGGGUGCGGCGCGGCGGCGGGCGCGGGCGAGUUCGUGGCGAUGGCGCGGCGCCGCCUCGGCCGCCUGGCGCUCGUGUGCGCGCCGCGCCUCGCCCACUGGCGCGCGCUCGCCCGCCGCCGCGCGCCGCACGACACGCACUGCGCGCUGCGACACUGA